GGCGAUGGGCGGGCCCGGGCGCCUUUCUUCCAGGGCUGUUUUCCGGUCUUGAAAAGGCGGGGCGAGCGGAGCCGAAGGGCUUCGGAGAGAGGACGAGCGGCCUCUUUACUCGUUUCAGUCGCCAUGGGUUUCUUGCGCCGCUUGUGUCUGCUGGGCCUCCCGCUUCUCCUCUGGACUCUGAAUACCAUGGCCUUGACGGCCCAUGGGCAAGAAAUGGGGUGUCAGAAGUACACAAAUAAAUCGUGUGAAGAAUGUCUGAAAAAUGUCACAUGUUUAUGGUGCAGCAGCAGCAAAAAAUGUGUGGAGUAUCCUGUUCGGAAUAUCCUCCCUCCAAGUUCUCUUUGUGAGCUGAGCUCUGCACGCUGGGGUGUAUGUUGGGUGAAUUUUGAAGCACUGAUCAUUACCAUGUCUGUAGUGGGAGGAAUAAUUCUUCUCACACUUUUCAUCUGUUGCUGUGUCUGCUGCAGGAAAAAAAAGAACAGAAAGGUUGAUAAAGAGGAUGAAAAGGCUGCCAGGGAACAAGAGCAAAGGAGAGUUCGGCAAGAAGAAAGGAGAGCAGAGAUGAAAUCUAGACAUGAUGAAAUCCGGAAAAAAUAUGGUUUGUUUAAAGAAGAAAAUCCAUAUGCCAAAUUUGAAAAUAACUAAGAUUUCUUUUGAAAUACCCAAAUAUCAUCUGGCAGUGCUGUCUAUAUAAUGUACAGCUGUGUGAAAAAAUGUACGUUAGAUGCUUUAAUUGCAAAUAGAAAAAUGGUCUUAAUGCAAGAUGGAGCUGGCUAUAAUUACAGUGUCUGAUAAAGACUGCAAUUAAUGAACAAAGCAACAUACCUCUAAAACUCUGGAGGCUGCAAUAUAUUCAUGUUAUUUUUUUCCUAACUAUUAAGCAGUUGCUUGUGCUACUAUAAUAUUUUGCUUUUUGGGAAUUCUUCAAUUGCCAGCAAAAUCUUAAGCCAAAUUUAUUAAUGAAUUGGGACAGGAUGGUGCACAUACUGUAUCCUUUUCUUUUGUGACCAACAGUUUGAGACAUUCUAAUAUUAAUAGUAGAAAUAAGACAAGGUUUUUAAGAUCCUUGUAUAUACUUUGGAA